AUGGUCCCGGGCGCGGUAACCCCGGGCCAGGCGGACCGGGCGGAUCGGGGGGACGAGGGGGACCGGGGCAUGGGGGCCCCGGGCAGGGGUUUGGGCGCGGAGGAGGAUUUGAAGGCGGGUUUCAUCCUGGCGCAGGGUUUGGGGGGCGCGGGGAGUAUGGGGGAAGAGGGGAGUAUGGCGGAAGGGGAGACUAUGGUGGCGGACGGGGCGGAGAUUACGGAGGGAGAGGCGGAUUCUUUGAUGGUACGUGCACUGGUGUUUGCAGUCCCUCCCCCUCCUACCUUUCCUCCCCACUCCUCUCCAUUCCCCCGCUCGUCCCCCCACGUUCCCACCACCCCUCCCUUGUAUGCAGCGCGCAGGAUGCAGCGGCGGGGCAUGCAGAGGCGAACAGUGGACUACAGCGCCACCGUCGCACUCUACCUGCAUGAGCGCGCGCGCCAGUGGGACGCCCGUGACGCCUCGGACCUCCUGCCCACCUCCUCCGCUUCCCUCAAGGAGGAGUUCUAG